AUCUGGUCUUCCACGGGACAGAGCUUCUAAAGCUCGCGAUUGUCGUCGUAAUUAUAAUUUCUACGCUCCGAAUACAUUACAAACUCAAACUGGGAUCCGUAGGAUCUGCGUAAACCCCUGCUAUUUGUUGCUGUUCCUUCCGACGCCUCCCAGCUGCAACCCACAUCCCGUGCACCAAUCCACUGUAGGCUAUAUACGUAGCGAAAUGUCUGCAGCACAGCGUCGGCUGCAGGUGCUGAGCAACCAUCUGCUUGCGUCGGGCGAGGAUGCCAGCGCCCGCGCCAGCGCCUCGCGCCUGGCCGAGCCGCUUUGGCUAGAGCGACAGGCAACCUCUGGCUCUGCGAGCAGCAGCGGCGCACGCGUCACUGGCGCCAAGCAGGAGCCCUACUCGUCGGCGGAUGGCAAGCCCAACUCAUACAGCCGGGUGCACGGUGCCGUCAGUCGCGCCCCGGCGAUGUGGCGCCGCGUGGCCAGCCUGGGCAAGGAGGAGCUGACAGACGUCAUCUAUGAGAAGUCGGAGGAGGGCAUUGCCAAGAUCACCAUCAACCGGCCCGACAAGCGCAACGCCUUCCGGCCACAAACCAUCCAGGAGCUGUCGUGGUGCUUCUCAGACGCCCGGGACGACCCGCGGGUGGGCGUCAUCGUGCUGACAGGCGCGGGCGAGCUGGCGUUCUGCAGCGGCGGCGACCAGUCGGUGCGCGGCAAGGGCGGCUAUGUGGGCGAGGACGGCAUCGCGCGGCUCAACGUGCUGGACCUGCAGGUCCAGAUCCGGCGCCUGCCCAAGCCGGUGGUGGCCAUGGUGGCUGGCUACGCGGUGGGCGGCGGCCACAUCCUGCACAUGGUGUGCGACCUCACGAUCGCCGCCGACAACGCCAUCUUCGGCCAGACCGGCCCCAAGGUGGGUUCGUUUGACGCGGGCUACGGCUCCACGCACAUGGCCCGGCUGGUGGGGCAGAAGAAGGCGCGGGAGAUGUGGUUCCUGGCGCGCCUGUACGACGCCCGGGAGGCACUGGACAUGGGGCUGGUCAACACGGUGGUGCCUCUGGACCAACUGGAGACGGAGACGCUGGUGUGGUGUCGCGAGAUGCUGCGCAACAGCCCCACCGCGCUGCGAGUGCUCAAGGCGGCGCUCAAUGCCGCGGAGGACGGCCAGGCGGGCAUCCAGGAGCUGGGCGGCAACGCCACCAUGCUGUUCUACCACAGCGAGGAGGGCAACGAGGGCCGCCAGGCCUACAUGGAGAAGCGCGCGCCCGACUUCAGCAAGUUCAAGCGCCUGCCCUGAGCAGCACAUGCAGGAAGGCGGCGGGUGGCUGGUGGCAGGAAGCCGGGCGAGGGGGGAGGCGAGGGCUGCGGGGAGCGCUUGGUAUGAGACUGACAGAUUGCGACAUUGCGUGACUGGCGGAGUGAGCAGACCUGCGGUGGCAGGCAAGAUGAUACAGACCAGAAGCGGCCGGUAGCUACAGUGUUGCCGUGCACGUGUGAUAGCCGUCAAGCGUGCGGUAGUCCCAUGCGGCAAUGCGGCAAUCCCCUAGACCCUAGUCAGGCGCAAUGCGCUGCUUGGCAAUUCGGCUGGCACUUUCGUAAUUUGCAAUGACUGACCAGCUGAACAUCCAGCGUGACCAACAGCUGUGCUUAAUUGAGUGGCGGCUGGUGCAAUGAUAUGUGCGUUCAUACCACGGCACUUCGCCAUCCUGCCCCCUGUCCCACCGCCACAUGCAUGGCAUGGCAUGUCAAGACAACGAAC